AACGCCGGCGGUAAAAUCCUUCCGGGAUACAUUGGUGGAUGGAAAUGCUUCCAUCGAGCCUCCCCUCGUCACAUAUGAAGAAUUGGUGGCUGCAAACCUAGAGCAAGAAUCCUCAACCCCUAUGGCAGAAGAUGGGUCACACCCUUCCAAGCCAAAGAUCCCCAAGGUUAGAAUACCUAAAUCAAUCUGGCAGCGACUUUGUGCCCCCUGGAAAAAUGCAGUAAUUAUCAAGCUCCUAGGGAAAUUUGUCAACUUCCACAGUUUGCACUCACGAUUAUUGAAAGAAUGGCGAACAGAAAGUGAAUUCGAGGUCAUUGAUGUGGGUUUGGGCUAUUAUAUUGUCAAAUUUUCUUCCCCACAGGAUUGUGCUAUGGUUUUAACAGGAGGGCCAUAUAAAAUGUUUGAUCAUUAUUUGGCCGUUCAACCUUGGGAACCAGGUUUUCAUCCAGCCAGAGCAAAAGCCCCCAAGACAGCAGUGUGGGUUAAAUUACAUGGUGUUCCAAUAGUUUGCUUUCAUGAAGCUAUUUGUCUUUAUCUGGGCAGUAAAAUUGGUAAAUCGAUCAAAGUUGAUCCUACAACCCUCCUUGCUGCCAGAGGAAAAUUUGCAAGAGUCUGCGUUGAAGUUGACCUCAGCCAACCUCUCCCAUCAUCCGUGGACCUAGACUUAGAGGAGUUACCUCAGUCUCUCAUUCCGGUGGAAUUUGAAGGCCUACAUAAAAUCUGUUUUCAGUGUGGGGAAUUUGGUCACACAGAGAACUAUUGUCGUUUUAAGAAUCCUGGGAAGGCCUCUCCCGUUGGCAACCCCAGCUCAAAGGCUAUGGUCGAGUUAACUCAAACUUUAAAGCCAAAUCCGGAAGAAAAUGAUAUGACUUUUGGCCCAUGGAUGGUUCAACAAAGGAAGCCACGACGACAGCAGCAGCCCCGUCGCUCAGUCGAACCGAGUAAUCGUUUUGCAGUGAUGUCAGAGCUAAUGGGGGAAGAGACAGAUUUGCUAAAUUCAAAUAUGGUGACUGAACCCUUGCUGGCGGGAAGCUCGCCUCAAACUGAGGAGUCCACAGAACAAGUUAAGCCAAUGGACAUUACUAUCCCAAGCCCUCACCUUGCUCCAUCAACGGAUUUUGUUAAGCCUCAACCUAAAAGAAGAAAGGCAAAAUCUGGGGGCCCAAUCCCUAAAGAUUCUAAACCUACCAUUCCUAAGCCUUACCAGCCAUCACAAGGCACUAACAAACAGAAAGAACUUUCCUCUCUAUUGCCCACAAUGGCAGAAAUUAGGAGUAACAAGGUGCCAGUGCCAAGAUCUACCUCUUCAAUGAUAGAAGUACAUCCCCAACACUACCCAUUAUCAUUAGCACCUGCUCCAGACCAAAAUCACGUACCAGUGCUUGCCUCAGUUGACCCAGCCAUCAUGGUCAAAAUUCAUCCACCCCAGGCUGCGGACUCAGUGCAGCCGACUCUCACAACACCGUCUAAUUAAAUGAAGAUUGUGACAUGGAAUAGUCGUGGUGUU